GGAGAAGGAAGUCAGAAGAGAGGGCUGUGUAUGGGGUAGGUUUGUUAGAACAACCGUCAAAGACCAACUUUGUAAGAGACAGAAAGAACAUCUGCAAAUACAAUGCUGUUCCUGCAACUUGUGCUGCUGGUGGUUCUCCUCCCAGGCAGUGACAGUGAAGAUGUGCAGGAGCCAAUUUCCUUCCAAAUUACCCUGACUGUAUCCUUUUACAACCGUUCCUGGACACAAAGUCUGGGUUCAGCUUGGCUGGAUGAGAUACAGACUCAUGGCUGGGACAACAAGACUGGUGCUUUCAUUUUCUUGUGGCCUUGGUCCAAAGGCAACUGGAGCCACAUGGAGCUGAUGAAAUUGGAAAAGUUACUCUAUGCAUACUUCAUUGGACUUUGUCAGGUGUUUCAAGACCAUGUCAGACACUGGCAGCUUGAAUAUCCAUUUCAGAUACAGCUGGCAGAAGGCUGUGAGCUACACUUUGGGGAAGCAUCAGUAGGAUUUGUGAAGUUUGCUUAUCAAGGGGUGGAUCUCACGAGCUUCCAGAACAUGACAUGGUGGCCAUCUCCAAAGGGAGGAAGUAGGGCUCAAGAGGUCUGCAAACUAUUCAAUCAGGACCAUGUGAUCAAUGAAGAAAUACACACACUUUUCAGUGAUACCUGCCCCAAGUUCCUGUUGGGUCUUCUUGAUGCAGGAAAGGCAGAUCUCCAGCGGCAAGUGAGACCAGAGGCCUGGCUGUCCACUGGCCCUAGUCCCAGUCCUGAUCGUCUCUUGCUGGUGUGCCAUGUCUCUGGGUUCUAUCCAAAGCCUGUGUUGGUGAUGUGGAUGCGUGGUGAGCAGGAGCAACAGCGCACCCAGCAAAGUGAAGUCCUGCCCCAUGCUGAUGGGACAUGGUAUCUUCAGGUGUCCUUGGAUGUGAAAACCAGGGAGGCAGCUGGCCUGUUGUGCCGGGUGAGGCACAGCAGUCUAGGAGGCCAAGACAUGGUCCUCUACUGGGAGCAGCCCCACUCCAAGGGAUUGGUUUUCCUGGCAGUGAUGGUGCCCUUGGUGCUUCUGGCAGGUCUGACAUUGUGGCUCUGGAAGGGCUGGAAAACACAGUGGAGACAUCAGUGCACUGGCUUCUCCUUGGAGUGA